GGUGCUUUGCUUAGUCGACGACUGUAUUGAGGACGUGGCGGCCAUAGGAGAACAGAAACUCUUCAUAAAAACAGGCUAAAAUAAAGCCUUGAGAUCCGCCAAACCACCUUACUCUUCUCAACAUGGUCCUCUUAGCGUCGGCAAUAUGUACCAAAAGCGGAAAAGCAAUAAUUUCACGUCAGUUUGUAGAAAUGACACGGUCAAGAAUUGAAGGUCUCCUAGCAGCAUUUCCUAAAUUAAUGAGUUCAGGGAACACUAGUAAACAACACACAUUUGUGGAGACAGAAAGCGUUCGAUAUGUCUAUCAACCUCUAGAGAAAUUGUAUAUGUUGUUGAUAACAACUAAGCACAGUAAUAUCCUUGAAGACUUGGAAACAUUGCGACUUUUUUCAAGAGUGAUUCCUGAAUAUUGUCGCUCUAUGGAUGAAUCUGAAAUAGCUGCUAAUGCAUUCUCACUGAUCUUUGCAUUUGAUGAAAUUGUUGCUCUUGGAUAUAGAGAGAAUGUCAAUUUAGCACAAAUUAGAACGUUCACAGAAAUGGACAGUCAUGAAGAGAAGGUUUUCCAGGCAGUCAGACAGACACAAGAAAGAGAGGCUAAAGAGGAAAUGAAAAAGAAAGCCAAAGAACUUCAAGCAGCCAAGGUUGCUGCUGCCAAGGGCCGUGGAGGUAAGAUGACAAUGCCUGGAUUUGGUAGUUUUACUGGUGGUGGAUCAAGAACAGAAGUACCUGCAUCUGUUGAAACUACUACUAUUAUUGAUACAACGCCUUCAACCAAGUCAUCUUACCCAACAAGACCUGCAGGCUCUGGCAAAGCUAUGAAGCUUGGCAGCAAAUCUAAAGAUAUUGAUAAUUUUGUGGACAAACUACGGUCAGAAGGAACAGAGGUCAUUAGUCAUAAACAGAAGUCUUUAUCAAAACCUGCUGCAGCACCAAGUGUCAAUAUAUCAAGUGUUCACCUUAAAACAGAUGAGAAGAUCACUUUAACAGCAGGAAGGGAUGGUGGCCUGCAGAAUAUGGAGAUAAGAGGUUUAAUGGUUCUUAGAAUUAAUAAUAGUGAAAUGGCUAGAAUCAAGCUUGGUGUGGAGAAUAAUGAUGACAAAGGCUUUCAGUUGCAGACACACCCUAAUGUAGACAAGAAGGGCUUUGCUUCAGACAAUAUCAUAGCAUUAAAGCAAUCAGGGAAAUCAUUCCCAAUUAAUUCAGACAUUGGAUUGCUCCGAUGGAGACUUCAAUCGACAGAUGAGGGACUAAUGCCACUAUCAAUUAACUGUUGGCCGUCUGAGAAUGAUGGACAGUGUGAAGUUAAUAUAGAGUAUGAACUACUUCAGGAAGAACUGGAACUUAAAGAUGUAGUCAUCACAAUACCUGUGCCUCAUGGUGUUGGUGGACCAGUGGUUGGAGAAAUAGAUGGUGAAUAUCACUACAACCACAAACACUCUCAGUUGGAAUGGCAGAUUCCAGUAGUUGAUACAAAUAACAAGAGUGGAAGCAUGGAGUUCACUAUUGCUGGUCACCCAGGAGAUUUUUUCCCUGUUACUGUCACAUUCUUCUCUUCGAAGACCUUCUGUGAUGUGAAGGUUACUGAUGUAUGUAGUGUAGAUGACAACAAGCCUGUCAAGUUCUCUCAAGAAGUUUCCUUCACAGCAGAUAAAUAUGAAAUCGUAUAAAAACAUAAAUGCCUUGUUAUCUAAUGAAAUAGUCCUAUAUAUCAAUGAUCUGACAUGGAAUGUCUGACAAAAUUGUACAGCCAUUUUACCACCACAAGUAUUUUAACUAUCAUCUUGUAGUUCUCAUGGUAAACAGUUGGCAUAAUAAUCAGGUUGCUGUGGAAAUUAAAUAGAUCUCUUGUACUCGACCAUAAUUAAUGUACAUCAAACCGUUUGUGGAGAUAAUCAAUAGAAAAGUUAGAAUAUAUAUCUUGAUAUUUCAUAGACAACUGACGUGUUAUCGGGAGGAGUUUAGUUGCGUAGACUCACCGAGGACAGAGUAAAAAGUAUGCUAUGUAUGGAUAGAUUUAUUUGUAAAAGUACACAUAGAUAUCCAAAAAUACUCCUAACUGUAUUUAUAUCAACUAUGGAAACUAGCUCCCAGAACUACUAACUACUCAUUCUGAAAAUGUUUGUAAACAUUGAACUUUCUAAAGAGUAUUAAAAAGACGAAAACACGUCUAGUUAUAAUUGCUAA